AUGAUUAUUGUUGUACCGUUAUUCCUAGAUCUAUUAAUCGUUAAUAUAUUAAAUUAUAAAUAUCCUGGGACAUACGCCUAUCCGUUGGAUCAUCAUCCUAAAAGUAAUUGGAUAUCAGUUCAUCGUCAUUUGAAUGCCCCUGAUAUUAUUUAUUUUACCAAAUGUUCAUCACCCAUCACAACGUGCUCAACAAUUCCCGAUUCAUCUAUUGUCCCCAAUCAAGAUCUUGAUGGAUCAAUGACACAACAACAAUGCUCAUGCCAAUGUAAAGCUGAUGCUGCAGCAUUUCUACCUUCCACUCAGAGCUGUAUUAAUAAACUUGGUAACUUUUCAUAA